CGGGGCCCUCGGCGCGGGCGCGGGCAGGCACUGGAUCCUGGCGUUGCCAAGUGUCAAGGGUCCACGUGCGAGGUGAGACCGGCCUGGGAGCCCCGCGGGGAAGCGUGCGGGCUCCGGGUGAGGCAGUGGGCCCGGGCCGCGGAGACCCGGAAGCGGCCGCGGGAGGGCGCGCCCCGCAGAGGCGGGUCCGGGCCGCAAGUGUGUCCGCAGGCGCCGGGUCUCCGCGUCUCUGCGCUCCCGGGCCGCGGUCCCGCCGAGACAAGGCGUCCCCAGCCGCCGAGGGCAUCCCCGGCCCUUCCCCUCCCGACCCUGGCUGGCCUCGUUCCGAGGAGAUUUUCGGUUCCUGUUAGGCGACCAAGAGAGGCCCCGCGAAGGGCCGAGGUUUCUGCCCCAUGGCGCUGUCUUAGCUAAAACGAGGUUUCAUCCGAGAAUGAGGUCGGGGAGCGCAUCUCGGCAGCCGAAAUCCAGCCCGAGAGGCGACACAUCUCACCGGAGAGCUCUUACUGCUCUUACUGUAACUUCAGAGCAGAAAUCGGAAAGUCGGAGGAAAUGGACACAUCUUAGGACUGCUGGGGGCUGCAGAAUUGACUGACCCUGGGAGUCUGCGGGGAGAACUGGCCUGUUUGACCCCAAACCCCUUGGAGAGAGGAGACUUGAAGGAAUGUUCUGUGGAGAAUCUUCAAGAGAAAGGACUUAGGGAUCUUUUAGAUGAAGAGCUUUUCUGCUGGCUAAUUUUGGAAAAGAUGACCAGUACAAUAACUAGGAGUCAGGAUUAUAUUGUGAAUCUUGAAGGGGAAGUGUAUGAGGACCCAGAACCAGAUCUUUCCCCAUGUCAAAAGUGGGGAGCAGCAGCCUCCCAUAUUUCCAAAAAUAAUAACAAUGCAAUGACUCUUCAAAGUGAUGAGUUCAACAACAAGGAAAGUAAAGAAUGUUUGUCUUUGAAAGUCCCCAGCCAAAUGCCCACACAAGACUUUCUGGUGAAGUUCUUCAAGAAUGAGCCACAGGAUUCUCAGGAAAGCAAAAGUGAAAAAAGCACUGAAAGAAAAGUGAUGUGGGGGGAAAGCCCUGUGAACCAGUGUUCAGAGAACCUUCAAGUUAAACUUCUGUCUGAUGUAACAGAACUGGUUUCUCCAUUGUUCAGAGGUGAGGCAAUUUGCCAGAAUAGCCAGGCCCUGUUAAAUGAUUCCUUUGACCACAACUGUAAAGACAUUUAUGGUUGGACAUCACAGUUUGCCAGUUCUAGUCAUCAGAGAGCUCAUAGAGAUGAGAAACCCUGUAACUGUAAUGACUGUGGCAAAAUACUUAACACCAGCCCAAAUGUCCACCCAGGAGAGAGAACCAACACUGAAGAGAUACUCUCUCAGUGUGGUCAGUGUGGUAAGGAUUUCAGUCAGAGCUCAGAACCACUGCUUCAUCAGAAAGACCACACAGAAGAAAAACCCUAUAAAUGUGAGCAGUGUGGGAAGGGCUUCACAAGGAGCUCAAGUCUUCUCGUUCACCAAGCAGCCCAUAUGGAUGAGAAGCCUUACAAGUGCGACAAAUGUGGUAAGGGCUUCACAAGAAGCUCAAGUCUGCUCAUUCACCAUGCAGUCCAUACAGGCGAGAAACCCUACAAAUGCGACAAUUGUGGGAAGGGCUUUAGUCAGAGCUCCAAACUGCACAUCCACCAGCGUGUUCACACUGGAGAGAAGCCCUACGAGUGCGGGGAGUGUGGGAUGAGCUUCAGUCAGCGCUCGAACCUGCACAUCCACCAGCGAGUCCACACAGGAGAGAGGCCCUACAAAUGUGGAGAGUGUGGCAAGGGCUUCAGUCAGAGUUCGAAUCUUCACAUUCAUCGGUGCACACACACGGGAGAGAAGCCUUAUCAAUGCUAUGAGUGUGGGAAGGGCUUCAGCCAGAGCUCAGACCUUCGCAUCCACCUCAGAGUCCACACUGGAGAGAAGCCCUAUCACUGUGGCAGGUGUGGGAAGGGAUUUAGCCAGAGUUCCAAACUCCUCAUCCAUCAGAGAGUGCAUACGGGAGAGAAGCCCUAUGAGUGCAGCAAGUGUGGGAAAGGCUUCAGCCAGAGCUCCAACCUUCACAUCCACCAGCGGGUUCACAGGAAAGACCUUGUUAAAUGAUGUGAGCCCACUCGGGUCUUUGGUCACAGUGCUUGUACUAUAAAGACUUAAAUAUUAUCAACAUCACUCUUACCUUUUUGUUCUACAAAGGAGAUUAUGCAGAUAAAAUUGUUCAUUUAUUGUAAAAAGUAUUUAAAUACCAAGCACUUUGUUAUGCUAUACAACGAAUGGAUUGUUCCAGUUCCUCAGAUGAAUUCAGUGAAGACAUCUGAACUCUAUGAUUCAGCCAGUGUUGUUAGAACUAUGUACCCUGCCCAGUAUUUUUAGCCACAGAAACAUAUUUGUCCAGGAAGGACAUGUUUCCCUUUGUUCACAUUCUCUGAAAAAUCAGAACCCAGAUUUCUCUUCAAAUCAUGUGCCUUGUGUUUUUAUUUCCUUCUGGCCCUGGGUAGCUUUUUGUAAACUAUGUAAAAUAUGUCAAUUUUAGGCCAAGGGGAUGGUUGCAGGUAUAAUGGACAUGGAAAUCUCUUUUUUAUUGCAAAAAUACAUGCUAGGCUGUGGCCACACUACUAGGAGGUAGAGAUUAUUCAUGUAGCACUCCUGCACCCACUCUUUUGGCAGGAUUUUGAACUUUUCUCCCCUCCCUGAAACCUGUUCCAGAACAUACGUAGGUUGUUUUGUUUUUGUUUUUUGUUUUUUUCCUGAGUGCAGCUAGUCUAUUGGAGUACUUCACAUUUCACUAACUCGGAUGACCCCUCUAUACCAAAGCCAAGUAGGACACAUAUACCAUGUUGAGUCAUAUCAAAUGAAGUUGAGAAGUAUUUAAAUAUAUUUAAUUCCUCUCUUAACACUUCCCUGUGUUGUUUCCGUAGUUUUCUUCACUGCCCAUGUUUUACA